AUGGCAACACAACUGCGGUGUUUUUUUUUGGGGCGCAGGCUCAGGCAUUCAGUUUCAUCAAUGAAAUACUCAGUGAGGGGACCAUUGGUCCGGGUGCCAGACUACCCCCGACCCGUUUGCCCCGGCUACCACAGAAUGGAGGCGCAUGUGGAUCUUUUUUCGUGGGUUGCACUGCUGAGCUCGAUCAUCAGCGAUGUUGAGCUGCAUUUGGGAGCUGCUGAGACUGUUCCCAAGCGGCUUUGGACGGUUUGGUUGGACACGGUGCACUGGGAUGCUGCAAACCAGCGCUAUGCCGACCGUGCUGGCUGCCCUGGUGACUCUUUCUCGCCGUACAUAGGAUAUGUCAACCUCUACCCCUUUCUUCUUGGGAUCAUCGACAACAAGGGGCGUGCACUGACGAUCGUUGAACUUGCCAAGACGGAGCUGAUGACCCGCUACGGCCUGAUGUCUGUUUCGUACGACUCGGUGCGCGCGGCACGUGAUGCGGGUCUGCGCCACGAGAACCGCUGGAUGGGUCACGUGUGGCUCUCAGCGAACGUCCUGAUGCUGCACGCUCUGAGAACGAAAUACAUUGACAUUCUCGGGGACCCGGCAGGGGAACUAUUCAAGCGGCUGCGGUUGUGUAUGUUGGAGAUCAGCGGUGGGUCCCCGAUGAUGCAGGAGGCCUAUAACCCUGUGACGGGCGCCGCAGAGAGCACCGUCUCGCUCGUGGGGUACCGUGCCAUGUUGCUGGGACUUCUUGAGGACAGCCGUUAG